AUGGAACGUUUUCUCCGGCUCGGCGGUCUUGGAGGCGGAAUUGGACAGUUUGGUGGAGGACCGCCAUCUGAUUCCAAUCAAGUGGAUACUUCGGAAACUGUGUACAUAUCGUCGCUCGCUCUGCUGAAAAUGCUCAAGCACGGAAGAGCCGGUGUUCCAAUGGAGGUGAUGGGUCUGAUGCUGGGUGAAUUCGUCGACGAAUACACUGUGAACGUCAUCGAUGUUUUUGCAAUGCCUCAGUCUGGAACUGGAGUAUCCGUAGAGGCCGUCGAUCCAGUUUUCCAAGCUAAGAUGCUGGAUAUGCUCAAACAAACCGGUCGACCAGAAAUGGUGGUUGGAUGGUAUCACUCUCAUCCUGGUUUCGGUUGCUGGCUUUCUGGUGUUGACGUUAAUACUCAACAAUCUUUUGAAGCUUUAUCGAACCGAGCUGUUGCCGUAGUAGUCGAUCCUAUUCAAUCUGUCAAGGGCAAGACGUAG